GCCAAAACCCUACUGAGAAUUUAAGCCAAAGCGGUGGAGCAUGAGAACAGGAGCGCGCUCAGAACGUAAAAGUGACACCUAUUAAAAAAGAUUAUGUGACUUAGCUUGAUAUUACUUUCAGGUGCCAAAAAAAAAAAGAAAGUAUUUCUUGCAGAAAAGAAAUUCAAAUUUAUAUGGCAUUAUGACACAUGACAAUAUAUUAAAAAUAAAAAUAAAAAACAAGCUCGCGGGCACCAGUCUCUUUUUCUCAAAAUUUGCCUCCCCGAAAUCGACCACUGUAGUUGGUGUUUCUAAUGAUUUUUGGGUAUUUAAUCGCCCACUAGUUUAUGCAUACAAAAUACUCUCACCUCUCUGUGCUUUAAUGGCUCUACCUUCCCCCCUAUCUCUCCUCUCUCUCUGCGUGUGUUAUAUAUCUCUUUUUCCUCUAUACUACUGUACCCAGUCGUUAAAACCCUAGCCAUUUAAAACCUGGAGACUCUGACUGAACACAUGUAUUUCAAUUUCACUACAACCGUCCUUGACUUCUCUGGUGACGACACACAAGAUUUGAAGACAUUUACUCAAUGUUCCAAGGGAAAGAAGUAGAUGUGGUGGAAGAAAUGGAGGUGAUGCGAAAAAAAUGUCACUGUCUAAAUAAGAAACAUAGGCUUUAUGGGGAUUCUAGUAAUGGUUGUUGGGUGAGUUAUGAUAAUCCUCCACCUGAAAAGACUAGGAUUUCCCAGAUCAACACUAGAUCAGAUCAGAAUUCGGUUCUACUUUCUUCCAAUGACAACAAGGUUGAUGGUUCAUCCGGUGUAGAACCUCAGGAUGCAGAUUACACUUACAUUCCCUGGCUUAGUUUUGAUUUACUUGAUGUGAUCUUGGCGAGCUUUCCCAGAUCAGAAUAUUGGAAGUUAUCCUUCGUAAACAAGAGGUAUUUAACCCUUCUAAAGAGUGGUGAGCUAUUUAAGAUUCGGAGAGAGAUUAAGGUUAAAGAACCAUCUGUUUUCAUGUUGGCAGUUGGGGAUCAGAGUAGUUGGUGGUCGUUUGAUCAUGAAUUUAAGUCUUGUAGGAAGCUCCCAGUUUUACCUGCGGAUUUUUGCUUCACAAAUGGAGAUAAGGAGUCACUUUGUGCAGGGUCUCAUCUGCUUGUUUCAGGCAUGGAGCUUGAUGGCCUUGUUAUAUGGAGGUAUGAAUUGAAAACUAAUAGAUGGUGUCGGGGUCCUUCUAUGAUCAACCCAAGGUGCUUGUUUGCAUCAGCCACAUGUGGAACCUAUGCUUUUGUGGCUGGUGGGAUUGGGAUGGGUAAAGUCUAUGAUACUGCUGAGAAGUAUAAUCCUGAAAGCAAAUCAUGGGAACCCCUUCCAAGGAUGUUAAAAAGGAGGAAGUUUUGUUCGGGUUGUUACAUGGACAAUAAAUUCUAUGUGAUUGGAGGACGAAAUGAGGUAGGAGAACUCACUUGUGGGGAAUAUUAUGAUGAGUCCUUGGGCGAAUGGGUUCUGAUCCCAGACAUGUUAAAAGAUGAUCCUGUUUUAACUUCUUAUUCUCCACCUCUUGUGGCUGUUGUGAAUAAUGAGCUCUUUUCGCUGGAAACUUCUUCCAACCAGCUGAAGGUGUACUUGAAGAAGAGCAAUAAAUGGAAGCAGUUGGGGCGUGUCCCGGUAAGAGCUGAUGCCACCAGAGGUUGGGGUGUCGCAUUCAAGUCUCUGGGCAAUGAGCUACUUGUGAUAGGUGCAUCUGCAGUUUCUUCUGCUACUAAUUGCAUGGUUAUAUACACCUGCUGCCCAGAUCCUAAUGCCGAUAACUUGCUGUGGAAACCCCUUGGCAUCGGCCAAACUCGGAUUAGUAAUUUCAUUUUGAAUUGUUCUAUUAUGGGAGCUUGAUCUUUGAGGAGUCUCUGUGUGAUUGGAGUGUCUAAAUAAAAUGCAAAAGUUAUUUUUGUUGUCUUUUA